CUCAUAACAUUCCCCUCACCCCCAACCACACCCUCUAGAUACCCCAACACAUUCAGUUCCUUUUUGCUUUCAAUAUGUUUGUCUUCAAACGCGAUGGACGCAAGGAACGCGUUCAGUUCGACAAAAUCACUGCCCGGGUGUCCCGCCUGUGUUAUGGCUUGGAUCCGGAGCACGUCGACCCUGCUGCUAUCACAAUGAAGGUCAUCUCUGGUGUAUACCAAGGUGUCACAACUAUCCAACUCGAUGAUCUGGCUGCCGAGACUGCAGCGUACAUGACAGUCACUCACCCCGACUAUGCGAUUCUCGCCGCGCGUAUUGCCGUGUCAAAUCUGCACAAGCAAACAAAGAAGCAGUUUUCUUCCGUUGUAUCCGACCUACACCACUACGAAGACCCCACCAACAACAAGAAGCUACCAAUGAUAUCCAAGAGCGUCUAUGAUAUUGUCAUGAAGCAUGAAGAGGAAUUGAACUCGGCUAUAGUAUACGACCGAGAUUUCAACUACCAAUUCUUUGGCUUCAAGACCCUGGAACGAUCAUAUCUCCUCCGCAUCGACGGCAAGGUCGCUGAACGCCCGCAACACAUGCUUAUGCGUGUGGCAGUGGGAAUUCACGGAGAAGACAUCGAAAAAGCCAUCGAGACGUACCACAUGAUGUCACAAAAGUACUUCACUCACGCGUCACCCACAUUGUUCAAUGCCGGAACACCUUCACCUCAAAUGUCGUCAUGCUUCCUCAUCGACAUGAAGGAAGACAGCAUUGAGGGUAUUUACGAUACUCUCAAGACGUGUGCCAUGAUCUCCAAGACUGCUGGCGGUAUUGGUCUGAACGUUCAUCGCAUCCGUGCGACUGGUGCUUACAUUGGUGGUACUAAUGGCACCUCUAACGGUCUCAUUCCUAUGCUUCGUGUAUACAACAACACUGCUAGGUAUGUUGAUCAAGGAGGCAACAAGCGCCCAGGUGCGUUCGCUAUCUACCUCGAGCCAUGGCAUGCCGAUGUCUUCGGCUUCCUAGAUCUCAGGAAGAAUCACGGAAAGGAAGAAGUUCGCGCUCGCGAUCUCUUCUACGCUUUGUGGAUUCCUGACCUGUUCAUGAAGCGUGUCCAGGAGAACGGCGAAUGGACACUGUUCUGCCCCAAUGAAGCUCCGGGUCUUGCUGAUGUCUAUGGCGAUGAGUUUGAGGCACUAUACCACAAGUACGAGGCUGAAGGUCGUGGACGUGAGACUGUUCGCGCCCAGAAGCUUUGGUAUGCCAUUCUUGAGGCUCAAACCGAAACCGGCAACCCAUACAUGCUCUACAAAGAUGCCUGCAACCGCAAGAGCAACCAGAAGAACCUUGGAACCAUCCGAAGCUCAAACCUGUGCACCGAAAUCAUCGAGUAUACAGCUCCUGAUGAAGUCGCUGUCUGCAAUCUUGCAUCCCUGGCUCUACCAAUGUUUGUGGACACCAAGCGGGGCGAGUUUGACUUCCAGAAGCUGCACGACAUCACACAGAUUGUCACUCGCAACUUGAACAAGAUCAUCGAAGUCAACCACUACCCAGUACCAGAGGCUCGCAAGAGCAACUUCAGGCACCGACCGAUUGGGCUUGGUGUUCAGGGCCUUGCUGAUGCCUUCCUUAGUCUGCGCAUGCCCUUCGAUUCUCCUGAAGCUCGCAAGCUCAACACGCAAGUCUUUGAAACCAUUUAUCACGCUGCCUUGACUGCUUCCUGUGGGCUUGCCAAGGAGCUUGGUCCUUACGAAACCUACGAAGGCUCUCCCGUUUCUCAAGGUAUCCUACAAUAUGAUAUGUGGAAUGUCACCCCUACCGAUCUCUGGGAUUGGUCCUCGCUCAAGGCACAGAUUGCGGACCACGGUGUUCGCAACUCUCUUCUGGUUGCGCCUAUGCCUACAGCCUCAACUUCACAGAUCCUCGGAAACAACGAGUGCUUUGAGCCAUACACUUCAAACAUCUAUUCCCGUCGUGUUUUGGCCGGAGAGUUCCAAGUGGUCAACCCUUGGCUCCUCCGCGAUCUUGUCGAGAUGGGCUUGUGGUCUGACAAUAUGAAGAACCGCAUCAUUGCAGACGGCGGUUCCAUUCAGAAUAUUCCCAACAUCCCUGAUGAUAUCAAAGCGCUCUACAAGACUGUUUGGGAAAUUUCCCAGCGUACCAUUGUGCAGAUGGCUGCCGAUCGUGGUGCCUUCAUCGAUCAAUCUCAAUCACUCAACAUUCACAUGAAGGAGCCUACUAUGGGCAAAAUCACCUCCAUGCAUUUCGCAGGCUGGAAGCUUGGACUUAAGACUGGCAUGUACUAUCUACGAACCAUGGCUGCUUCGGCUCCCAUCCAGUUCACUGUCGACCAGGAAGCACUGAAGGUUGCCGACACAAAUGUCGCAAAGACAUUGAAGCGUAAGGGCGGUGCACCUUCGCCAUCGGCUCCCUCAGUGCCUCGUCCAAUGCAUCUGACAAAGUCACCAAACGGAGCGCCGACUGAUAAUGGUUAUCCCACACCAACUGCCACCCCUCCGCCUGCUUCUGAAAUCAAGUCUGCCAACGUCGUCAAGAAUGAUGCCCUCGACCCAAAGCCUAUCAAGGCUGAUGUGGAUGAGGGUGACAGUCCCAAGGUCUUGGCCGCCGAACCAAACGGCAAGCCGGUCGAAGAGGAGAAGCUUCCUGAGCCUGCCACCAAGCAGGAUGAGGAUGGGGAUGAGAGUGCCAACCGUGAAGGCGAUAUCUACUCCGAUGCCGUACUCGCAUGUUCGAUAGAAAACAAGGACGCAUGCAUCAUGUGCAGUGGUUAG